AUGCACAGAACCUACUCUUUAAGAAACCAAAGAGCCCCAACGGCUGCUGAGCUCCAAGCUCCACCUCCACCACCAUCAUCCACCAAGUCCAAAUUUUUCGGUAAGGCCUCAAUUGCCUCUAGUUUCAGAAAAAACGCGGCAGGUAAUUUUGGUCCAGAGUUGGCAAGAAAGUUGUCUCAAUUGGUUAAGACUGAAAAGGGAGUCUUGAGGGCUAUGGAAGUUGUCUCCAGCGAGCGUCGUGAAGCCGCUAGGCAGUUGUCCCUGUGGGGAGCUGACAACGAUGACGAUGUUUCCGAUGUCACCGACAAGCUGGGUGUCUUAAUAUAUGAAUUGGGUGAAUUGCAAGACCAAUUUAUUGAUAAAUAUGACCAAUACAGAGUGACUUUGAAAUCAAUCAGAAACAUUGAGGCAUCUGUCCAACCUUCGAGAGAUCGUAAGGAUAAGAUUACCGAUGAAAUAGCUCACUUGAAGUACAAGGAUCCUCAGUCAACCAAAAUUCCAGUCUUGGAACAGGAAUUGGUUCGUGCUGAAGCAGAAUCUUUAGUCGCUGAAGCUCAAUUAUCUAACAUCACACGUGAAAAGUUAAAGGCUGCUUAUAGUUAUAUGUUUGACUCUUUGAGAGAACUGUCUGAAAAAUUUGCUUUGAUUGCUGGAUACGGGAAGGCUCUACUAGAAUUGCUAGACGAUUCUCCGGUCACACCAGGUGAAGCUAGACCAGCUUAUGACGGCUACGAAGCAUCUCGUCAAAUCAUCAUGGAUGCUGAAGCAGCUUUAGAAUCUUGGACCCUAGAAAUGGCUGCAGUUAAGCCAACUCUAUCGUUCCAUCAAACUGUUGAUGAUGUGUAUGAGGACGAAGAUGAUGAAGAAGAAGAAGAAGAAGAAGUAGAAGACGGAGAAAGUCAAAAUGGUGCUCUUCCUGGGCAAGUAGUUGAAGAGGAAGAGGUCGAAUGGACCACUGAAGUCCCUGCCGAAAAUGGGGCCGAACAUCAGGGGACUCAAAACAGUCAUACUACCGGUUCUGAAAACAUCUAA